CUAUAAAAUCGUUUUGUUCGCMAUUUGAGGUUUUUCACAGUCUUUGUGCUCUCCGGCUUCAUAUCCGYUCUCUCUUUCUCUUUUCAUAAACAAUUUCUCCCAAAUCUCAGAUCUCUCUGUCACUCUCUCCCAAAAAAUGUUCUCCGUCGCUGGAUCUUCGGUUUCCAUGCCCUCCCUCUCCGCCUCUUUCAAGCAAAUCCAGGCGUCUAGCGGCAGGAUCUCAAGUUUGAAAUUAGUUUCCGUGCCUUUCGGCAGAGCAAGUUAUCCCUUGCAGAGGAGUUACAGGCAAGGACGCCUUCAGGUUUGCUGUGCGGCUAAACCAGAGACCGUGGACAAGGUGGUCGAAAUCGUGAGGAAACAGCUUGCUCUAGCUGCAGAUUCUAAUGUCAAUGGCGAAUCAAAGUUUUCUGAGCUUGGAGCUGAUUCCCUUGAUACGGUUGAGAUUGUGAUGGGUCUGGAAGAGGAAUUUAAGAUCAGUGUGGAAGAAGAGAGCGCCAGUACCAUCACCACCGUUCAGGACGCUGCGGAUCUGAUCGAGUCGCUCAUGGCUCAGGAUGACGAUAAUAAGUCCGCUGCUUAAUUUUCCCUCCUCAUUUUAUUAGAACAUUUUUCAUUUAGCCCUCUCUCGCUCUUCUCUCACCUCCAUACUCUUUCGAGUUUAGCUAGCUUCCAUGCUCCCUUGUUCCUCCUUUUCUUUUGUUUCCAUUUUUACCCCUAAACUUUCUUAAAAUAUCUAUAAUGUUGGUGGAUGGGCUCAUAAACUAAAAUCGAUGCGUGAUAAUUUUGAAUCUAUUCUGUGCUUCCUUAUUUAUUUUCUUUAGUAAUUAGUGAAGUUUCCACAAUGUACCAGACGACUGUAUUCUCCUGCCAGAUUGCUGUGUUUUCUUAUUGGUAAAAUUUUAUUUAGGUCU